AUGGCUGAUCCUCCCGACGAUGUUUCUCAAUUCCAGUCUCAAGAGCCUCCUGGUCCAUCAGGCCGUGGGCACCGCCAGCCUCGCUCCACUACACGCCUUGAAGGUCACCUUGAUUCUAUUGCAAAAUCGCAAGCACGACGUCAGCUAUAUGAAGCUCGCAAGCUGGCUCAGAAAAGCAUGGAUGUACCAGUCCAGUCGCUGCCGCAGAGUUACACUGGCAUGCUUCCGAUCUCUCUGUCUACUUUGAUGGCCACAGAGGCCUCUCACGAGCAGGCCUUCAUGCAGCAGAUGUGGCAGCCACCCGAUACCUCUACAGUUCAAGAGCCGCACAAUAUGUUUAUGUCCAGCACGAUGCCCGAAAUUGCUCAUCGCAAUUUAGAUAAUUUUAAUUUCGAGUCCCUUACAUUUGAUACUCUUGCCCAAGCUCAUUCGUACACAUAUAACCCGUCAAUCCCUUCCAUUCACACUGCCCCUAAUCAAUUACUCCUUCAGCAUGAUGCAUCAACAGCAAUCACGUUGGAUCAGAGUUUCGAACGCCAGGAACUAGCUCUGCACGUGCCCGGUUCCUCAAGGCCUUCUCCCGAUGGUAAUACCUGA